AUGUCAAUCACAGAAGCCGACAUCGUAAUCAUCGGGGGAGGCACGGCAGGUCUCACACUGGCAGCACGGCUCUCCGAGAACCCCAAUCUCCAAGUCCUUGUGCUGGAAGCAGGCCAGGACCAGACGGAUGAUCCCCGAGUCCAGACCCCAGCGCUAUGGCCAGCCCUCGUGGCCACAGAUUCGGACUGGAAGUUCAUGACUGCACCCCAGACUGCCUUGCACGGAAAACAGAUCCCCCUCCCCCAAGGCCGGAUGCUAGGCGGAUCCAGCGCCAUGAACGGCAUGGCGUUCAUCGCCAACUCCAAAGCCAACGUCAACGCAUGGGGAGCCCUAGGGAACCCAGGCUGGGACUGGGACACUAUCAGCCCGUACUACAAGAAAGUGUUCACUCUGACGCUUCCAUCGGAAGAGAAACGCAAAGAGCUUGGACUCGAGUACGUGGAUGAAAGCGUCAACGGAAACAAUGGACCCAUCCACGCUUCUUUCCCCGAUGCCCUAGUCGACCCUAUCGCGAACGCAUGGGUCGAGUCCCUGCGCGGACUGGGCUAUCCCAUGUCCACGGACCCCUUCUCCGGGGAUGCCCGUGGGGGCUACACCAACGCAGCAACCAUCGACCCCAUCACCAAGACCCGCAGCUACUCCGCCAACGCAUAUUACCUCCCCGCAAAAGCCCGCCAGAACUUACACGUAAUAACUGGGGCAUCAGUCAACAAGAUCCUCCUCGACCCCCUUCCCAACGGCGACGCCUCCGCCACCGGAGUCGAGUACACCAAAGACAACAGCAUCUUCACCGUCACAUCUAACCGCGAAGUCAUCCUCUCCGCCGGAACCUUCAACUCGCCCAAGCUCCUCGAACUGUCCGGUAUCGGCUCACGCGGCGCCCUCGAAACCCUCAACAUCCCCGUGAUCAUCGACAAUCCCAACGUCGGCGAAAACCUGCAAGACCACGUCCUCUCGGGCCUCAGCUUGGAAGUCGAAGACUUCAUCGCCACCAAAGACGACCUCAUGCGCCGCGUGCCCGAAGUUCUCAGCGCGGCGAUGGAAAGCUACAAAACGCGGCAAUUCGGCCCCUUCACCAUCGGCGGAAAUUACUCGUCUGCUCUCCUCCCUCUCCCGGACCUGUCCAGCAGUGAAGAGCGAGCCACUAUCCUUGCCACCACCACCACCACCACCAACACCCCCCUCCCAACCCACACAGACCCCUUCGCCGCAAACCUCACCUCCUUCGUCCGCUCCGUCCUCACGACCCCCACCGAACCCACAGGCGGAUACUUCACCUACCCGGCCCAAUCCGACUUCAAAGGCUCCGGGCUCUCCACACAGACCAUCGAAUCCAAAUUCCCAGAGAACUACAUCACCAUCUGCGCCUUCCUCCUGCACCCGCUCUCUCGGGGAACCUGCCACAUAUCCUCCACCAACCCGGCGGACCCGCCCGUCAUCGACCCCCGCUACCUCACCCACCCCACCGACCUAGAAAUGCUAGCCCGACACACCCGCUUGAUCGACACAAUCGCCGCGUCGCAGCCGCUGGCUUCGAUGCUGAAAUCGGGUGGAAAGCGCAGCCCCGGCGCGCCGGACGAUUUGCGCACUGCGCCCCUCGACGAGGUGAAGGAGUAUGUCCGGUGCGCGGGGAAAAGUACCUUCCAUCCGACGAGUACGUGUGCCAUGAUGCCGCGGGAGAAGGGCGGGGUUGUGGAUAGUAGACUGCGGGUGUGGGGUGUGGGGGGGCUGCGGGUCGUGGAUGCGAGUGUGAUUCCGAUCGUGCCGAGGGGGAAUACCCAGAGUGCGGUUUAUGCGGUGGCAGAGAGGGCGGCGGAUUUGAUUAGGGAGGAU